AUGAGUCAGAAGUCCGAGACUCCGAGCCUACUGGCCAAGGUACCAGGGCCAGGGGCCCAGACUCCAGAGUCCCAGUCUCCACUCUCCAGUGCCAGAGCCCAGAGCCCAGAGCCCAGAGCCCAGAGCCCAGAGCCCAGAGCCCAGGCCCAUCCCCCCAACCAGUGUGGCAGAGCCCAGAGCCCAGCCCCCACCUCGAAGUGUGGCAGUCUGGCAGAGCCGCAGAAGGUCUAA